UACCGCAGCUGCACUCCAGCUACGCUUCGCUUUAUAGAUAGAAGAAGUUCCCGAGGGUGGCCAGCACGUGUUAAAAUGUCGAAAAUCGGUCGGUUCGAUCGCGUUUCGGGGAGAUGCACGUUUCCGGUUUAGGGCGAAACUAUUGCCAUUUGAUUUUUGGGAGAUGGGUAUGCAUGUGCGAUGUGAUUUUAAAAGUUGACUGACUGACUUAGUGAGAACUAUCCUCGUUUUGGUUGAGGUUUUGGUUUAAGGUUGUCGGGGUUAAUGGCGGAAAAUCAAAUAUCACAGGUUAUCGCCUUCAUAUGCGGCUUAAUCGUCAUCAUUUUAAUGAUAAUGGGGCUGGUAUCGACUGAUUGGCUGAUGGCCGCUGGAUGGCGCCAGGGUCUGUUUAUGCACUGCAUAGAGGAGCAUGCGCCGAAACCGCUUCCGUUCAACAUCGAGGGUACCACCGGUUGUUAUACUGCCCGGGACGUCGCAUAUAUCAAGGCUUCUGCGGCACUGUGUGUGAUAACACUAUUGACUGACUUAGUAGCAACCGUUUUGACUGGAUUAGGACUACGAACGAAGGACCACCACACCAAAUUCAAAUACUACCGAUUCGCUGUUAUAGUCAUGGGCAUUGCAUUUGCAGCCAUAUUAAUAGCCCUAAUAAUAUAUCCAGUAUGUUUUGCUGCCGAACUAGAUGCCGGCAAGCAAGGUAAUCGGUCAAUAUGGGAAUUCGGUUGGGCGUACGGCGUCGGUUGGGGCGUCGCCAUUUUCCUCUUUAGCGGUGUCGUGCUACUGAUGUGCGAUAAGGAGAGCGAGGAAAUUUACUACAAAGAGCGAAAAAUCGUGCACGAAAACGACUCGCGGGCCUAGUGGCCGCACAGUCUGCCCGACGUUGUCCUCUGAUCAUCUGCGGAGUCUCGCCGAGUCUCCGACAGCUGAUCACGGUGUCCGUGUGAAUGAGCGGUUCCUUUGAUCUCUCAAUUCGAGACCAUAAAACUUGACUUUUACACCUUCGAGAGGAAGGAACCACUGAGUGUGCGUGAGUUGCUUGCCUGUAAAAGUGAACGUUGUUUACCUGGUCAGUUUGAUAUGGAUAACUGUUUCAGUUUCAUUCCGGGAUUUAAUGUACAAAAUAGGUUGUAUAAGACGUUUAUUUAUUUAUUUUUUUUUUGUUAGUUGUUAGUUAUUUUCGGCUUAAAAGUGACAUUUUAAGCGGUAACCUCGAUACAUAUAUAUAAUAUUAUGUAGCUCUCUUAUUUAGUUUGAAAAAUUGGGGUCAAACUGAUUAGAUUUUUUGUUUUAAUGCUCGUGAGCCGCACGAUAAUACGAGAAAAAUUGAAAUAUGCUUACUAUUAUUAAAUCAUAUAAAAAAAAAUUAAUUCAAAUAUAUAGAGGACAUAAAUAAAUAUUUAAAUUGCCUGAAAUAAUAUAAAGUUUAUACCAAGAAAAAAUUUAAAUAACUGAAUCCUUUAUAGGCCUAAAAGAAAAUGACUUCCAUGUUUGGAAUAUAUAAGAGAUUACAAGUGUCCCAAUAAUCCAGAAGAAAUAUAAAGAACUUACAUUUUCACUUAUACUGGCAGUAAAUGUCAACUUCCUCAACUGGAAUGGUAAUUUAGUUUUAACAUUUUAAGGUAUGUAGAAAAUCUAAAACAAUUGCACCUGCACAAUUUACUAAAUAUACAAGAUUAUAUACUAUAUUUUUUUUAAUUAGAUCUUUAGAAAAAAUAUAAAAAUGAAUGAAAACAGAACAUAUAACAUAUUAAUAUGAAUACACACUAUUUUUUUCAACAUUUUUAUGAAAAUUCACAAAAUAAAAAACAUUAUUCUUCGACGUUACAAGCCCCAUCUCCGAUGUUUUAAGGACAUAAUUUACAAUCUACAAAAAAAAUUUAAUAAAAUUAUUUUUUACAUAAAAUUGUUCUCAAAAAACCAUUUGACUUGAUUAUAGGAAAUAAUACAUACAUACAUAAAUUUAGUUAAGAAUAUCACGUUGACUUAUACUCUCGGUAUAACCGGAAAUGCCAAAAGAAUCAAAAUAUUUUGGUUAGACCCUUUUACGUUGCUGAAUUUCCAAAUUUUAAGCCUAAAAGCAACUACCAGAGAUUUAAAAACUUAUAAAUGUAAGAAUCGACACAUAAAUUUAAACUUUUAAUCAUUAAUAAAAAAAAUUACUCUCUGGAGGUACAAAAAAACCUACUUUGCCUUAAAGUUAAAUGAGCCUCCUGUAUUUCAAACCGUUUAGUAGCAUAUUUCAUUUUUUUUUCACAUUUAGAGCAGGCGUGCAAAUUUUUUUUAGGAGAAAAUGCCUUACAGGCGAAAGUAAACUUAACACUGUGGUUGGGAAGGUCAGCCUGUAAUAUUGGGACAACAAACAAUUUGAGAGCUUAAUGUUUGUAGAGGUGGAAAGGUGAAGGGUGGAAUACUGUUUACCGGCAAUUUGAGGCCAAAAUAAUUGUUUUAGAUUACUAAAAAUCGUUUUCUUCAGUCCAUUGAAUCUCAAUAUAAUUGAAAAUCGUCUUCAGUUAAAUACUCUUUUGUGCCUAUCGCCGAUUCAAUAAUUUUCUCCUGAUCUAUAAUGAUAGAUAUAAUCUUUCUUAUUUAUUGGAAAAAGUCUUUUUUGCAGUACUGAUUUUCUGAUUUCUUCAUCCGAUUAAUCUGUAUCUGAAGUAGCUCUCUUUUGUCCAAUGUUUUUCUUUUGAGAUAUAGGUUUCCAAGCUAUAUCUAGAUCAAUAAGUUAAUUUUUUUAACCUCAAAUUUAAAAAACCGUACCGUAAAACAGGAUUACUUUGACGUGGUUUUAGAAAAUUUUCUGGUGUAAUUUUUAAAAUAUUUAAUAAUCAGGCAUUUGCUGUAUCUGAUAGGAACAAUUGAUCCUUUGGCUACAAAUUUACCAAAUAUUAAAUUUUUAAAACAUGUAAUUAUACAAAAAAAAAAUUGUAACCCCGCAUGUGGGGCUUCUUUGAGAUGUCGUUAUUUUUCGUUUGAAAUAAAAGUAGUCCCCGCGAGGGGUUAAUUUGACAUCGCAAUAUGAUUUUUUUUAAUUUGAAUAGUUUGAGGGUUAAAAAAACGAAUUAUAUAUGUUUUCAAACAUAAAUAUAUUUUGAUAAACUUCAAACAAAACCCUCUUUAUUUUUGAAAAAACAAAAACAGAUUUAAGACAUACAGGAAAACAAAUUCUUAAUGUUUAUCUUCACAACAUGGGUAUUCGUAGCUUCUAAGUUUAGACCCUUUGUUACACAAUCCACACACCCAACCUUGACAAGUGACGCAUUUACAAAUCGUGCACAAAUUUUCGUCUCUUAUUGUGGAGGCAAGUUUCGCAAGUGGGAUAUCAUCGGAUGACUCAUUUCUAGUCGUGGAGGUGGUCGCAAUAUUUUGCAGUGAAAUUUCAUCAUCUUCAAAUGUCACAUGUUUAUUUAUAUGGUGGACGUUCAGGAGUUUUAAGAAUUUCAGACUGAAUUAAUCCAAAAUCUAAUAAAACCUGCGUUUCCGCUCUGGAUUCCUUUAGAAACUCCCAACAAACUGCAUCUAAAACUGUUCCAGAAUCAUUUAGUUCUGAUGGCAGUUUGUUUAUAACUACUCACAGUCGCUCUGAACGCACUUUGAAGGUUGGUUUUUAUGGUUGGACUAAUAGCAUCCUAUAAUCUGGUCAAAAGUAAUGGAAAUUGCUCUUUAGGGAUAACUCCUUUACGCCUUGCGUUUCCUGUCUAUAUGUCUAACACUUUUCGCCACUUCUUCUUUACUGGACCAAAAACCCCAACAUCCAGAGGCUGUAAAAGAUGGAAACCCCGCAAAAUAAAUGUGGCUCUCUUUGGCAACCCUAAUGACUUCCGGUGAAAAGUGAGAUCCAAGAUUAUCUCCUAAUACCACAACAGCUUCGUGGUCUUCGUUGGCUACUGGCCAAGAGAACUUUAGUAGCCCCGUUUUACGGUAUAUUAUGCAUUUUCUUGAAUUUAUCAUGCCAUGUCUUUACUUUUACCCGUUACGCUAAAGUUAUAGAUUUUCUCUAAAACAAUUAUUAUGGCAGUUUUUCAACCCCCAUUCUUCACCUGUGUAAGAAAAAAUCAGUUUUUCAAGAUAGUACGCUUGUAACUAAUUAUCGUGCGGUACAUCAUCCACUCAACCGUUUUUUUAUUUAAUCGUUACCAUUUAUUCUUAAUCACGAUGCCCUUAAGGGGUAACUUUUAAAUGAUUCGUCAAUUUUCUUUUGAACCAAUAUAAAAGGUAUGAGUGAGUGAGCGCGUGUGAGAGGCAACCUGGGCAGGCUAGGUGCAUGGAGUUAAGAAAUAAAGACUAAUUUAUUUAGUAAGUAGGUUUGACUACCGUAUUUGUACAUCUAAGCUAAGGGAAACAUAUAUCACAACCUAAUAAUUUUUUUUUUAAGUUGCUAAUAUCAAAAUUACACCGUAAGGGUUUAUGUUAUCGAGCAUAGUUGCUGGACAAUUAUUUAUCAUGUAAACUUUUUUGUGGUAACACAAGUGGUCCAACUAUUCAUUCAUUUUACAAGUAAUAUUAUAAAAGUUGUGAUAAAAUGAUUUGAUGAUAUUCUAACUAUGAAAUUACAUAUCUAUUCUGGCAUGUUUUUUUUAAUUAAAAACUAUUUUAAGCCACUUUAAGGUUCAUAGGACACGGUACUUUAUACUAGCCAAGAAAAGUUUUUUUUGUUAACUGGCUUAAAGUAAUAUUUAAAUGGGUAGAAACCACAAAACAGUAAGUUAUUUUUAUGUUCAGACUUUUACUUGUAAUUGACAUUGGGUUACACAAGGUGAAUUAACCUAAAGUUGGUAUCUAAGGUAAUCGAACCCUAUGCUGGAACAACGUUGUAACCGCCAAAUAUUGUUUUGUUGGGAAAUCGAAAAAUAACCGAUUGCUUGAUCAAAUGAAUUUACUAUAUGGCUAAUAUCAAUAACACUAAAGAACUUAACCAUAGGAGGCAUUGCAGACUUAACCACAUACAGAAUUCGGAUUUACGAGAAUAUUUUCCUUAUUUCAAUAAAACAACGUUGUAUAUCCACGUCGGUUACAACAUUGUUUUAGGAUUAAAAAUAAAGUUAAAGUGAAAAAAUAAUUUUUAUUUUUCAUGUCAAUCAAAAAUAAAACGAAACUACAUAUUUUUAGGCACCGCUUUUAAUAUUAUGAUAGAAAUUGAUAUAUUUUAAUGGAAUAUAAUCACACAUAUGUAAUAAGUUGGCAAGUUUCUCUUUUUUGAUCGGAAGAGGUUCAUUAUAGGCCUCCCGUAGGUCAUUCAGAGAUACUUCAACCAUCGUUUUCUUGGGUGAUUUUAGCGAAUACGAUAUCCAUGGUUGAAUUGUGUUAUGGGAUUUUCUUAUCCGGAUACUGUUCAGGUCAUCCGACGUUAUUUGAAUCCACACUCCCUGUGUUAUUUUGCAUUUAGGAUCCUUCCAAAUUGAAUUUUCUGCAUCAGUAAAAUCUUUAAAAAAUGUCUGAUGCAUGUAAAUAACUGUGAAGAGAUUGUUUACUUUUGAUUUGGCAAUCACAUCUGCCCACUGGAAUGGAACAUAAACCGAGGAAAGUUUUUUGACCCUUUCAAUCUGAGCAAAGUCUCUAUCACAGGGUAAAAAGCAAUGUCCACUAAUCAAAAACUUUUGCUCCACCUGAGUAAAAUAUGUUUCUUUCAGUAAUAGUCGAAGCAAUGUUAUCAUCUUCAUCUCAUCCAAUUGUUAUUUUGUCCUACGCAUCGGUCCGACCAAACCACAAGUUUUCUUUCCUGCCCUCGACCAAGACGAUUGAAAUUUUGGGUGACAUAAAAUAGUAAUGCCGAUGCAAUCUCAGUAGAACCUCGAUGUGCCAUUACUUCAUGCUAUAACAUCAUUGUAGCUCUACUAUUUUCCAUGUUAUGAACACAAUAGUUAUAGGUAGAAAAUUGCCUCUGAUAGAAAGCGGAUGAAUGAGUUAGGUUUGGGCAAAAAAGUACUUGCUGCAAAUCUGUGCAUAAAACCACAUAAUUAGGAUUUAUCUUAGCCAUUUCGGUAUCUUGUCUUAAUGCCUGGUAGCCUGCUUCUGCUCGCAUGUGAUGGAUUUUACUUUCAUUUUCGAUUUCCCUUAUUUCGUGUUCAUCGUUCGUUAAGCAAAGUUUCAUGAACAGCUUGUCACAGUAUGAUCUGGGAAGUCCAAAACGUAGGUUAAAUUUACUUUUAAGUAUAUCAUGAUAAGUCCUUAAUGAGACUUUACUUUGUGGGUAUUUUUCCAAGAACAGUCUAUACAUUUUUGAGAUACUCAAUCAGCUGGGAGGCAGUUCUUUGUGGAUGCAUUUCUGCUAUAAUGAUUUUCUUGCUGUGAAAAUGAAUUAAUAUGUUCACAUAUUUUCUCUGCAUCUGUUAGCUUUAGUUUUUUUGGGCGAUUCAUAUGCUUUCCACGUUGGUCAGUUAUAUUUGCACCAGAUUUUAUUUUAUCCACAAGGCACUGAAGUCGUCUCUGGGUGAUUGAGAAUAUAUAACAAACUGUUGAUUUGCAUACGGGUAUAUUAUUUAUGGCGUAUUUCACAGUGGUUUGGCGGCGGGAUAUUGCCUCCUCAACCCUCCUUCUCUUCGGCUCUUGAAUAGAAAUAAUUUGUGAUAGGUAUUGUGAUUGACUAUCAUAACUUAGCUGUCUGAAAUUUUGGAAUAAUAUUUGGUGCUUUCCCACCAAUAAUUCAGCAGAGCACCCAUUAAGCGACUGAGAACACUUGCAUACACGUCUCUAAAAAUUAACACUGUUACUGAAUUUUAAAUGGUAGGUACUUUAAAUUAACUUACUUCAUCUGGGCGUUUUAAAGCAUCUUUAGGAGACAUUUAUAUUAGGACAUUUCUAGAUGAAGCGUAAGCGUCUCCACUGUCUCUGCGCCGUUUUCUGGCAUUCUGCUUCCAAUUGUCAAUCUGCAUCUUUCGCCUUUUUUCCCUAUUAAUCUGUGUCAUCACAUCCAUUUCGGCUUAUAACAAUGAACAGCGCACCUAACACACGUAUUAAUAAAACACGUGUCUGAAACUUUAAUACAUACAACGUUGUUCCACAGAACGAAUGAAUUGAAGACUAAUUAAAAUGGCGCCUAAAAACCACCAGAAAAUUGUCCUAUGUCCCCACUACUUUGUCGGCGGAUUAUUUAGGUCGCAUACAACGUUGUUCCACGGAAAUACCGUAUUUACACAUAUUGGCGGUUACAACGUUGUUCCAGCAUAGGGUUCAAUUACUAAACAGGACCAAAAUCCAACUCCAAUUAAUUUUUUUUUGUAUAUGAAUCUCCUUUUAUAUUUCGUACUAUGGUGUUUUGUACACGCGACCCUAUUAACCAGCUUUCAAAAAUAACCGUAGCGAUGUGAUAUGAUUAAAAUUAUGUAAAUACGAUAAUUGUAAUUAGGUGUUAACGUUAGUGAUAAAAUAUGCUACUAGAUUCCGUAAUUAAGUUAAAUUCGCGUCGCUUAUGUUGUUUAUAAGGUAUACUAAUACUCGCCAGAUACCAAAACAUGGAUAUUGUUUAUUUAUACGAGGCUUUGUGUUUUUAGGCGAUUUUUUUGUGAAUAAAGUAUUGUUUGUA